GCUGGUGGCGGGCACCCAAGCACCGAGGCCGGCGGACUGAUGGACCUGCCCUGUGCCCUAGGGCUCGGGACGCUGCUGGGCCUGCCAGGGGUCCUGGGCUCGGGCAGCAGUGCCGAGGACAGCGGGAGCUCCGGCACCGUGGCCGUGGCUGUGCUGCUGCUGCUGCUGCUGCUGCUGGUCGCCGGCCUGGCGCUGGCCUGGCGCCGCCUCAGCCGGGACUCGGGGGGCUACUACCACCCGGCCCGCCUGGGCGCCGCGCUGUGGGGCCGCACCCGCCGCCUCCUCUGGGCCAGCCCCCCGGGCCGCUGGCUCCGGGCCCGGGCCGAGCCGGAGACGUGCGCCGAGGCCCCAGAUGAGCAGCAGGACGAGCAGGACGCAGAGGAGGACUACCAGCUGGCGGGCGGCCCAGGGGGGAGAGAGUCCCGGGAAGAGGAGCAGCGAGGCGGCCCGGGGCCCGGCCCCCAGCAGCUCCCAGAGCCGGCUGAGGACGCGCGUGACAGUAACACCGAAGGGGGCCUGGGCCUCAGCUGCCAGGGGCCGGCGGGCUCCGGGGGCAGCGCCGAGGCCCUGCUGAGCGACCUGCACGCCUUUGCUGGCAGCGCGGCCUGGGACAGCGCCGAAGCCUCUGGGGGCCGGGGCCUCCAUGUCACUGCACUGUAA